GGUGCUUUGCGGCCGGUCGUGCGCGGGCGGGCGCGGGCGGGCGCGGCGGCCGUGGCGCGCGCAGGUGACUGACUGGCCAGCUGGCUGAGGGAGCGUCUGGUCUUCAUCGCUGGCAGGUGGCGGAGCCCAGUUGGGCGGCUGCGGAGGCAGCAGCGGGAGCCCGACUCCGGAGGCGCUCCUCCUCUGGCCAAGGCCAUGGCCCCGCGGCUGCAGCUGGAGAAGGCCGCCUGGCGCUGGGCGGAGACGGUGCGGCCCGAGGAGGUGUCGCAGGAGCACAUCGAGACCGCCUACCGCAUCUGGCUGGAGCCGUGCAUCCGCGGCGUGUGCAGACGAAACUGCAAAGGAAACCCAAAUUGCUUGGUUGGGAUUGGUGAGCAUAUUUGGUUAGGAGAAAUAGAUGAAAAUAGUUUUCAUAACAUUGAUGAUCCCAAUUGUGAGAGGAGAAAAAAGAACUCAUUUGUGGGCCUCACUAACCUGGGAGCCACUUGUUACGUCAACACAUUUCUCCAAGUCUGGUUUCUCAACUUGGAGCUUCGGCAGGCGCUGUACUUAUGUCCAAGCACCUGUAGCGACUACAUGAUGGGAGAUGGCAUCCAGGAAGAGAAAGAUUAUGAGCCUCAAACAAUUUGUGAGCAUCUCCAGUACUUGUUUGCCUUGUUGCAAAACAGUAAUAGGCGAUACAUCGAUCCAUCGGGAUUUGUUAAAGCCUUGGGCUUGGACACAGGGCAACAGCAGGAUGCCCAAGAAUUUUCAAAGCUCUUUAUGUCGCUUUUGGAAGAUACUUUGUCUAAACAAAAGAAUCCAGAUGUGCGGAACAUUGUCCAACAGCAGUUCUGUGGGGAAUAUGCUUAUGUAACUGUUUGCAGUCAGUGUGGCAGAGAAUCUAAGCUUUUAUCAAAGUUUUAUGAACUGGAGUUAAAUAUCCAAGGCCACAAACAGUUAACAGAUUGUAUCUCGGAAUUUUUGAAGGAAGAAAGACUAGAAGGAGACAAUCGAUACUUCUGCGAAAACUGUCAAAGUAAACAGAAUGCAACGAGGAAAAUCCGACUGCUAAGCCUUCCUUGCACUCUGAACUUGCAGCUCAUGCGUUUUGUCUUUGACAGGCAAACUGGACAUAAGAAAAAGCUGAAUACCUACAUAGGCUUCUCAGAGCUGUUGGAUAUGGAGCCAUAUGUGGAACAUAAAGGUGGAUCCUAUGUGUAUGAACUCAGUGCAGUUCUCAUACACAGAGGAGUGAGUGCUUAUUCUGGCCACUACAUCGCCCACGUGAAAGAUCCACAGUCCGGCGAAUGGUAUAAGUUUAACGAUGAAGACAUAGAAAAGAUGGAGGGGAAGAAAUUACAACUAGGGAUUGAGGAAGAUCUAGCAGAACCUUCCAAGUCCCAGACACGUAAACCGAAGUGUGGCAAAGGAACUCACUGCUCUCGGAACGCAUACAUGUUGGUUUAUAGACUUCAGACUCAAGAAAAGCCCAAUACGUCCGUCCAGGUACCAGCCUUUCUUCAAGAGCUGGUAGAUCGGGAUAAUUCCAAGUUUGAAGAGUGGUGUGUGGAAAUGGCCGAGAUGCGUAAGCAAAGUGUGGACAAAGGCAAAGCAAAGCACGAAGAGGUUAAGGAGCUGUACCAAAGGUUACCUGCUGGAGCUGAGCCCUAUGAGUUUGUCUCUCUCGAGUGGCUGCAGAAGUGGCUGGAUGAGUCGACACCUACCAAGCCUAUUGAUAACCAUGCCUGCCUUUGUUCCCAUGACAAGCUGCACCCCGAUAAAAUAUCGAUCAUGAAGAGGAUAUCCGAAUAUGCAGCUGACGUUUUCUACAGUAGAUACGGAGGAGGACCGAGACUCACUGUGAAAGCCCUGUGCAAGGAGUGUGUAGUAGAGCGCUGUCGUGUGCUGCGACUGAAGAACCAACUAAAUGAAGAUUAUAAGACUGUUACUAAUCUGCUAAAAACAACCAUAAAGGGCAGCGAUGGCUUUUGGGUGGGAAAAUCGUCCUUGCGCAGCUGGCGCCAGCUGGCUCUUGAGCAGCUCGAUGAGCAAGAUGGUGACGCAGACCAAAGCAACGGAAAAAUGAACGGCAACACCUUGAAUAAAGAUGAAUCAAAGGAAGAAAGAAAAGAAGAAGAGGAGGAAUUAAAUUUUAAUGAAGACAUUCUGUGUCCACAUGGGGAGUUGUGCAUCUCUGAAAACGACAGAAGGCUUGUCUCUCCAGAGGCCUGGAGCAAACUGCAGCAGUACUUCCCCAAGGCGCCCGAGUUCCCCAGUCACAAAGAAUGCUGUUCGCAGUGCAAGAUUUUAGAAAGAGAAGGGGAAGAAAACGAAGCCUUACAUAAGAUGAUUGCAAACGAGCAAAAGACUUCGCUCCCGAAUCUAUUCCAGGACAAAAGCAGACCUUGUCUUAGUAACUGGCCAGAGGAUACAGAUGUCCUCUACAUUGUGUCACAGUUCUUUGUAGAAGAAUGGCGGAAAUUUGUCAGGAAACCCACGCGAUGUAGCCCCGUGUCGUCGGUGGGAAACAGCGCUCUUCUGUGUCCCCACGGGGGACUCAUGUUUACAUUCGCUUCCAUGACCAAAGAAGAUUCUAAACUUAUAGCUCUCAUAUGGCCCAGUGAGUGGCAAAUGAUACAAAAGCUGUUUGUUGUGGAUCAUGUAAUUAAAAUCACAAGGACUGAAGUGGAAGACGCAAAUCCUUCAGAAACACAGUAUAUUUCUGAGCCGAAACUCUGCCCAGAAUGCAGAGAGGGCUUACUGUGUCAACAGCAGAGGGACCUGCGUGAAUACACUCAAGCCACCAUCUAUGUCCAUAAAGUCGUGGAUAAUAAAAAGGUGAUGAAGGAUUCCGCUCCGGAGCUGAAUGUGAGCAGUUCCGAAACAGAGGAGGAUAAGGAAGAAGCUAAGCCAGACGGAGAAAAGGACCCAGAUUUUAAUCAGAGCAACGGAGGAACAAAAAGGCAAAAGAUAUCGCAUCAAAAUUACAUUGCCUAUCAAAAGCAAGUUAUUCGACGGAGUAUGCGACAUAGGAAAGUUCGCGGCGAGAAAGCACUUCUUGUUUCUGCUAAUCAGACAUUGAAAGAAUUGAAAAUUCAGAUCAUGCAUGCAUUUUCAGUGGCUCCUUUUGACCAGAAUCUCUCCAUCGAUGGAAAGGUUUUAACUGAUGACAGCGCCACCCUCGGCACCCUUGGAGUCAUUCCCGAGUCUGUCAUUUUGUUAAAGGCUGAUGAACCAAUCGCUGAUUAUGCUGCAAUGGAUGAUGUCAUGCAAGUGUGUAUGCCAGAAGAAGGGUUUAAAGGUACUGGUCUCCUUGGACAUUAAUCUCUCGGACCUUUCCCAACCGCUGAGAAAUGACCAGAAGGGAAGAGGAGAUCGACAUGUUAGGGCAUUAACGAAAAGCUGGAUUUAAGAAUCGAAUCAUUACGUGACUCUUCCAAAAGGCAGAAAACCAUUUCAAAAGUGACCGUCCCAAAUGCCUUGUGUCAAAUAAAGCCGAUUGCACUGAAGGGCCUCAGACUUGAAGGAAAUGUUUCAGGUUUUCUAUUUAAGGGGCGGGGGUGGGGGAAAGGCGAAUAAAGAUCAAACCAGUUUAGUAGCAGUAACAGGAAAUCAUGUUUACAUACGAGAUUUAUAGUCACGGGAGGGAGUGAAAUUCUGUCCUAUUUCCUUGCUCGAGUUUCGUGCCAGAUGCACUGGUCCAUAGGAAUUUGUAUCACAGUAAACGGGACAGCAUUCUGCUCUGAGCUAACCGUAACUCUUUUAUAUAGAGACAUAAUCUGCUUACCAGUACCUGUCUUUGAUUCCUAUUUUACUUUCAAUAAAGCAUGGAAGUGAAGAACUUGCCAUGAUUGUGGGAAAGUAUCUUCAGACUAGACGCCUCUCCGCGUCGGCUGCAGCACGCCCGCCUCACGCUGCCCGGCGAUCUGUCUCUCGGUGUCGGGCACAGGAGGGGGCACCUGCAGUGACCGAGGGACCCUGCCUCGCUUCUGACUUCAAAGGCUUUUUGCUUUCAAGCCUUCCGGAAAGGACGACGAAUGUUAGACCGUGUGGAGGCAUCUCCCUCCGGUUCUGCUUACUCAGGAGCAGAAAAUCAGACCCGUCUCGCACUUUCGAACAAUCCGACCUCGGAAGAGCAGCGUGGACAACACAGGCUUUUGUAAAAUGUCUUCCUGUCUCUCAAGUCCACCAUCCUUCGCAUCUCUCACCUCUCUCUCUGAAAACAUUCUUCCGGAAUGGCCAGAAAGCAUCUUUACAUCACUCUGUUUGAAACGGGGGAGAGUGGCCAUUUUACCCAAUUCAGGAUUAUUGUCAUGAGCGACAUGCAACCGAAGCAAUACUCCUAAGAACACUGAAGGACUUUCAAAUAAGAGUUUAUGGCGGGAGUGUGUUUACCUGUUUCCUUUGUUGAGCAUGUAUGUACAUCUCUGGGGUCUCUCUUGCUAACAUUUCCCCUCUAGGUUUGUGCUGGGGUUCCUGCUCCCCCUUUUCUAAACGUUGAAACUCAACAGAGGGGGAGACGGGUUUCACUCGGAGGGCUAGGCGCCCUGGUGGCAGCACCCCUCUUUUUAUCAGAAUAGCCAUGGCUUUUGGGCAAAAUUAUAGCUUCCUGAGUAUCCCCCUUGUGUUUGCAAUGCCUUCGGUCUUUGCCCCCUGAAGACACUGUGUGGGAGAGCGGCACCCAGGAGCCUCGAGCCAUCCCAGGAGCCAGUAGUUCCCACCUGGGGUCAGCACAGGGAAGGACUCAGUUAAGGCCACAGAGAGCUGAUCAUCUUUCUAAAAAUAUUUUUUUAUUGAUUUCAGAGAGGCAAAGAGAAACAAUGAUGAGAGAUGUGUACGCCCCACACAGAGGAUGGGGCUUGCCACCCUGGCAGGUGCCUGAACUGGGAAUCCCAAUCAUGACCUGGCUUACAAGUCGAUGCUCCACCACCGGCCCACGCCAGCCGGGUCUGAUCCUCCUUUUUAGAUCUCGCUCUUUUAUUUUGCUCCCAAUGGAGCUGGCGCAUAAGAGGAAUAACAUGCCAAGCGACUUAUUCUUUCCCAAGGCAAAGACUUGUGCAGAGGUUUGCCUAGGGCUGGAGAGAGCAGCUGCCUUUUCCUCGUCAACAGCUGUUUGCCAGAGCACAUUCUUCCUGGGGGUUGACAUCAACCUGUCAGUAGCUCCCCGAAACCCAAUCUAUUUCUCCCAGCCUGCUGUUAGUAGUUUUAAAUUAUGCUACUUGAGCCUCGCUCUCAAGCAGUGGCACAAAAUAGCGGCCUUGUGUGCGUCUUCCGGGCAGGUGACCCAAUCUCAUUUUAAUAACUCCUUUAGCAACGCUCCCCAGGGCUGGGGGUCGGCUGGGCCCAGGGAGCAGGGGGUGUUCCCCAAGCCUGUCCUCGUAGCCCCAGCAGUGGUCUUCCCCUGUCCCGUCAGCACUGCUCAGGUGUUGGCUGUGCACCGCAGCACCACAGCGCUGUGUCAGGGACGCAAGAACUUGGGUCCGAGACCCGGUGAGGUGGGAUCUGUCCCCAUGGGCUGCUCCGAGCUGUUGGGAUCAGGCUGGGACUUCUUUCCCACCUGCAGUAGUGCCCUUGCAGUGCCACCCUCCCCACUUAGUAGGGGAAAGCAGGUCCACGCUUUAACCGAAGGCCCAGUUCUUGCUUUGUAGUGACAAAUAGAUGGAGACCAGUUGGCUGUGACCACAUUUCAGUGCGGAGACUUUCCCUCGGGCUUUUAACACGCACGUGGUUUUUUUUUUCCAAACGUCAGGCCAGUCCUUGGUAGAAGGUUCCUAAAGCUGGAGUCCUCCUGCCGCCCUUCCCCUGUCGGCCCUUCCUCAGUCCCGCGCUGAGGUGUGCAACACGUCAGACCUGAAACAGAGGUUGCCGUUGGGACGUCUUCAUUCCCUGCGGGAAUAAGUAUCUUCCUGUGUAUCGAAGGACUUUGUUGUUUGGAAUCACUGUUAUCUUUCUGCCAAAUUAAAAAGAAACGAGUGUCCUUUUAUUUCUAUGGAA